CAGUCGCCCAGGAACAGUCCUAUCACAAGUCAAUGACAUUCAUUAAUUUCAUAAUAUCUACAUACUCUUGCAUCGGCAUUCAUUUCUGGAAUGUCAAUCGUGCAUGUUCCAAAGUGUCGCCCAGAGCAAGUCGAGAGCACAGCCACACUCCACCGUCCUCCAGGAGGGCUCCUUCACGGCAGCCACAUCUCGCGCUACGAAGCUUGAACACAACGCAUCGCCAGGUCGCAGCACCAAUUGUCCACCCGCGAGCAGCCGACUCUCUUCGGUGAAGCGUCGCCGAGAUGCCUGCCUACAACUCCAUGUUCAACACCGACCCCAACAUUCCCCGGGUGAUCGGCAACUUCCCUCUCCUCCCACUGCGAACAAAGACCCGCGGACCGGCUUACACGUUGCCCUUCCCCGACCCGCCGUUGCCCGCCAACGAGUCGCCCGAUCCGGACGACCAGAGCUACGACAUCCUCGACGAGGUGCUCUCCCUCUUCCGCGCAAACACCUUCUUCCGCAACUUUGAAAUCCAGGGCCCCGCCGACCGCAUCCUUAUCUAUGGCAUCCUCUUCGUCUCCGAGUGCCUCGGCAAGAUCAAGCCCUCAUAUGGGGUCCGCGAGGCCCAGAAGGAGGUCUUCAACACCGCCCUCGACCUCCAGUUUGCGAUCCCCGGCGAUCCGGCGUUUCCCCUGAACCAGAUCUACGAACCCCCCGCGGACAGGCAAGAGGCCGAGCACCUGAAGCAGUAUCUCGCCCAGGUCCGGCAAGAACUGGCUGGUCGCUUACUAGCGCGCGUGUACGAGGAAGGGGGCGACGGCAAGCCCAGCAAGUGGUGGCUGAGCUUUACCAAGCGGAAGUUCAUGGGCAAGCAGCUGUAGAUCGGCUGGCGCGGUGAUCAUGUGAAGAGUCAUACGUGGAGGGGGGUGAGAAUGAACUAUUUCAGGGACGAUGGUUCAUUCGAAGAUAUAGAAGCGGCCAUUGGCAUCAUCAAAAUUUCAAGCAUAGGUUGACAUGGCAUUCUGGUGGCGCUUGUGACAUGUUGUGGAUAAAGCUUUCAUCGUUUCAACAGGCAUACCUUUCUCCAGCAGCAUAC